AAUAAAAUGUCCCUUUAAAGAGAACCUUGAGAUGAACGACACAUAAGACUCAACUUAAGUAUAAGAAUAAAGCCUCUACAGAAGAGAUGCAAUGUAAUGUUGAUAUGAAGAAUUAACAAUGAAUAUAUCACUCAAAAAUGUCUUUAACUGCCUAUUUUUUCGACCCUGGCUAGGGGUACCCCUGGGUAUAUGGGUGGCAGUCUCUGUUGUAUAUUAUUGGUGGCUAAUAUCAAGAAUAAAUGUAUUGGAAACUGAGAAUCUAGUGUUUAAAAAACAGCUCUCAAUCAAUUUGCAUCAUGAGGCUCCAGCUACUGAAAAUGGCUAUCAAAUACCAGAGAUCCCUGAUUCUGUAGGCACCUUGUGUGAGACUGUACAUGUGUCACUGGUGUGUAUGGGCAAAUGUAUGAGACUAAUAACCCCCAUGUUAAAGUCUAUAUUGCAUCACAGACAAAACCCCAUACACUUUCACUUCAUAGUGGAUGCCCCAUCGCAACACACUAUAAAUAAGCUGUUUGAUACAUGGGAUUUGCCUGAUGUUAAAUAUACUUGUUAUGAUGCACAAAGAAGCCUGUCGGAAGUGCGUUGGAUACCAAAUAGCCACUAUUCUGGUGUCUAUGGACUUGUUAAGCUAUUGUUUCCGAAAAUCUUGCCCCCAUCUUUAAGUCAAGUCAUAGUUUUAGACUCAGAUUUGACAUUCCUCUGUGAUAUUGCCGAGCUGUGGCAUUUGUUUAGAAAUAUGUCUAGUGAACAGUAUUUAGGUUUAGUGGAGAACAUGAGUAACUGGUACUACUCGACAGGCCGAUGGCCAGCGUUGGGUCGAGGCUAUAACACGGGUGUUAUGUUACUAGAUCUGAAUAAAAUGCGAAGCAAAGUUGACUGGAGAACAUUAUGGUAUGAAACUGUUGAGGACAACUUGAGAACUCUUAAACAGACUUCCCUAGCUGACCAAGACGUCAUCAACGCCAUUAUUAAAAAUAAUCCACAAAUUGUUUAUAACAUGAGCUGCCAAUAUAAUGUUCAGAUGUCUACAUUAACCUUAGCCAAAAAUUGUUAUGGAGAAGAUGUUAAAAAUGUUAAGAUAGUGCAUUGGAACUCGCCAAAUAAAUACAACAUAAGAAUCAGGGAUGCUGACUUUUUUAAAAACAUACACCUGUCUUAUGUUAAUUUUGAUGGAAACCUCUUGAGAGAGAAACUUCAUAGGUGUUCCAAGACUGAAAUUGUUACCUACAAGAUGAAUUAUUCAGACCUCUGCAUAAGCUUUAGAGCGGCUCAACGCGUUAAACUGCGCACACACUUGUACUAUAUGGACUAUAACUACGUUAAUAUCGACAGCUUUGAUGUGACUCUAGUCCUACAGCUCUCUAUGGAUAGAAUGCAGUUUCUAGAACGCUUAGUCAAAUAUUGGGAUGGUCCAUUGAGUGCUGCUAUAUAUCUGUCAGACUGUGAAGUAACGAAAUUGGAAAGUUUUAUACAAGAUUGGUCUACAACUCUUAGCGCCAGAAAGAAUGUUGGAUAUCAUUUAGUAUUUAAACACGAUGCGGUGCACUACCCAGUGAACUACCUCCGUAACGUGGCGCUGGAGAAUGUGAACACGCCGUACGUGUUCCUGAUGGACGCUGACUUUGUGCCCAUGGUUGGCCUUUAUGAGCAUCUGCGGACCGCUAUCAAACUUAUUAACCCUUAUCCGCAGAAGAAGUGCCUAGUGGUAGCGGCGUUUGAGACGCAACGGUACCGCGCACAGCCGCCACGCAUUAAAGCGGAGUUAGUCGCGCGACUGAAGAGCGACGUCGCGCCGUUCCGUGCGCGGGAGUGGCCGCGCGGACACCGCCCCACUAAUUACACGAGAUGGGCUACUGCCACUGCGCCGUAUGAGGUCGAAUGGCAGUCGGAUUAUGAGCCGUAUUUGGUAGUGCACCGCUCCGUGCCCAAAUACGACGAGAGAUUUUCCGGAUUUGGCUGGAAUAAGGUGUCUCACAGCGUGGAGCUGCGCGCGCAGGGCUGGCGGCUGGCGGUGCUGCCGGGCGCGUUCGUGCUGCAUACGCCGCACGCGCCCUCGCGCGACAUCACCGCCUUCCGCGCCGACCCCAGAUACCGCAUUUGCUUGGCGUUAUUGAAACAAGAAUUCAUCGACGACUUGAAGAAGAAAUACAACGUGACUAUGGACGACCACCCAAAGACGUAGUUAUGUAUGAUUCAUAUAUUUUGUGAUAAAACAUUGCAUUGACUGUUGUAUCCAAACGUAUUCUUUGUCUGGUAUAUCAAAUAUUGUUGUUGCAUGACGAUAUUUAUACCUAAACGAGAAGUGUUGUUUUUAAGUAAAUAUUGUACAGGCACCUAACAUUUUAUAAGAAAAAAAAAUACUUGAAUUUUUUUAACAUGGUACCUUUUCGAUUUUUUUUUAUAAAAAAUAAUUCGUGGUGGUAAUUUUUAUGUCAAUGGAGUAACUGGAAAAAUAACUUAAAAAGCUACGUUUUAAAUUUCCACGGCCUACUUGGUUCUCAAAAAAUUGGCCCCAUUUAACUAUGAUAAUUUUAGGUUAAGUCAAAAUUUAAGAAAUUUGAUCUCGCACUCUAAAGACUUUGUUUUCGGUGUAAGAAUAACGUAUCAUAAUAUUUAAAUUGACGUUGUUGUUGUUAUCUGGUACCAUUAAAAUUAGUACGCUAGUUGUAACUUGUUUCCAAUUUUAAAAUAAUCGCUAAAAAUAUCAUGGUGUCCCGCGCUUUUGGUGCCCCUUUGGAUCAUAAGUUGGUCAGUUGUAAAGUUGCAAGAUUAAUUUUAACUGUAAUGUGAUUCCCCUAAUCUAAAAAGAAUUCUCGACAUCUCUCUAGAGUCUAGGGUUCCUGAUUGAGU